ACUCACUCCACUGUUGAGCUACCCACCUGAACCAUGACUGGCCGCGGCAAGGGAGGCAAGGGACUCGGAAAGGGAGGCGCCAAGCGUCACCGCAAGGUUCUUCGGGACAACAUCCAGGGCAUCACCAAGCCGGCCAUCCGUCGUCUGGCGCGCCGUGGCGGUGUGAAGCGCAUCUCCGGGCUCAUCUACGAAGAGACCCGUGGUGUGCUCAAGGUGUUCCUGGAGAACGUCAUCAGGGAUGCCGUCACCUACACUGAGCACGCCAAGCGCAAGACCGUCACCGCCAUGGACGUGGUGUACGCCCUCAAACGCCAGGGCCGCACCCUGUACGGCUUCGGUGGUUAAUGCCGCUGCCUGAGCGAGCCCGACCUAACCCACCCACCCCGGACCUCUUUGAGGUCCACAUUCUUAUUCACUAAGAGAAUAGUAGCACACUUUUUACUUGAGUUAUAUUUUCUUUCUUUCUUUCUUUCUUUCUUUCUGUUUCCUCCCUCCCUCCCUCCCUCCCCCCUGCCUAAUGAUGGUUCACACCUCCGCCCAC